CACCACCAUUUUUAUGCAUCAGUCAAGGUUUUAUUCUUCGUUUUUUUUUAAAGAUUUUUAUUUGUUAAUCGGUAUAGUGUCGAUUUCUUAAAUCUGAUUCCGAGAUUUUGUUUUCCGAUGCAUUUCAGUCUGAGAAGAAAGCUUGGAAGCUCUCUAUCUCGCUCAAGUUGAGGAGAAGCAAGCGUGGAAGCUCUCUCUCUCUCUCACUCUCGCUGGCUCAUAUAAAAUGUUGCUCAAGCUAUUUCAACAAUCCAGGUUCUUCAAAUCCAUUAGCGGAUUGGGAAACGUAGCGUCUCCAUCUCAUGGAUUUGUUGGAACCAGAGCAUCACGUCCUCCAGCUGUAUUUGGUACUCACUAUCUUCGUCUUUUAGCUACGGAUUCAUCUCCUCCAAACGAUACUAUUGGGCCUCAAUAUGGUGAUCCGGUCAGACUACCUGGUUACCCACAGCCUAAUCUAUGUACAGCCAAAACGGAAAUUUGGUGGGACGUUGACAGCUGUAGACUUCCGGACAGCGUCGACCCCUACCGACUGGUGGGAAACCUCCGAAAAUCGUUAAAUGAAAAGGGUUACCGAGGACCCAUCACAUCGAUUAACGCAUUCGGUAACACUAACCGAAUCGAUGAGACUACCAUGUUAGCGCUUAGUGCUACUGGAGUCUAUACUCGCCACAUCCCUGAUGGUAGAAAAGAAUCUGCGCAUAAAAAAAUUUUGGUCGAUUUGCUGUGUUUUGGAAUGGAUAACAUUCAACAGCCAUGCAACAUAAUGCUCAUAUCCGGUAACCGCGACUACUCGGAUUCAUUACAUCAACUGAAGUCGCGACUAUUCAACAUAUUAUUGGCACAACCCGAAGACUUUGCAUCCACUCCCUUGAUACAUGCAGCUUCAACAGUUUGGAUUUGGAGUUCAUUGGUACUUGGGGGAAAACAUCUCUCUCCUACCCAAGUAGAAGAUUUGCUUGCCCAUACCAAGAAAAGAGAUGAAUAAUGAGACCUUAUGUUUGUUUGUUGAAGACUACUCUCUGUUUGUUUGUUUUGCACGAAAGUAACUUAAUAGUUUAAAGUUUGUCUUAAGUUUUCACUACCAUCGCUUAAGUUUAUAUUCCAGCAGUAUGUACAGU